CACUGGCGCCCUACGCGCCUUUAAUUGCGCACAAGACAUUAAGGUGCGUUAGCGGAUCAUUGUUUUCUCAUUACUGCUGAUCGUGCUGCCCUGUGGCGAAGAGUUUUUCCACGUCCGACUGUUUACGGCGUCAGCGCUCAGAGAGGAAAGGUGGUCUUGCAUGUCCAGAGGUCCAGGAAGGGGAGGCGCCCUGCGCAUCUAAUCCAGCGCCUGGAAGCACUAAUGUGCCGCUUCUCGGGGGGGUUGGGGUACCCAACAGCGACACGGUCCGCGCCUGUACUGGCUCGUCGUUGCAGCGCAUGAUUUUGACAUUUCUCGGCAGGUAACGGGCAACAUGUGCGUCUGGAUGCUGUAAAGUGUGACACAGCGGCUUUUGACUUGCAGUUCUCUCGGAUACGCAAAGUACCCGACGUUACGGCGCACCUUGUGUAAUAGAGAAUCAUGAGCACUGUGGAGGAGGAGCCGGAGCACAUGAUACCAUGAAGACAAGCCUGCACGUCCUGCGCUGCCAGCUGCUGAGUGUUCUAGCAUUCCUGGCACUGUCAGUAGGACUGGUUUUGACAGUAGAGGAUAUGUACCUCAGCCAGACGUCCCAGGAAUCUAUUGCCAUGGCUGCCACCCACAGCAACCCCCUCUCGCCCCACCUUGAUUUGCAUCCAGAAGGCUCCAGCAGUGGGGAAUGGUCAUCCAGAGGCACACAACUAUCAAACAUCAUCGUUCCUAGUGUUAUUCUCCCUCCUUUGCUUCACACCACCCACACUUCCAACCUGGCUUAUGAUAACCCUCCCAUUCAUGACACAAAUACUGUCACCCCAAACACUGUGAGCACUAACAGCCAUGUGACUCAACCCCAGGUGCCCACCUCUCAUACUGUAAAUCACAAAUUAGUCGGGGUACCUCAAGUUCAUAACCUAGUUACUGUUCGUACUAACCAGGCCAGCAGCAGCCCUAAAUUUCCCAGCACAGAAUUCCCAAAUACAGAUGUGGACUUUCCUGCUCAAGAGGCUCCAAACCCCCUGGUUUCUGCAUCCAGCUCUGGAUCAGACAGAGGGGAUGCACUUGGUGCAAAGCCUCAGAAGCUAAAUGAGAAGGAACCCAGCAACCCCAGGCAGCAAUAUGUUCCUGAGCUGCAUCCCUCCUCCCUGACCGCCCUCUCCUCUUCCUCAGUUGGUGCUGAUGCUGCUCGAGGCCUGAAACUCAGGGAGCAUGCUUUAAGAUCCCCUGAGCUGCCCAUGCACCACACCAUCACUCAGCGGGAAGCUCAUGCAGUGAACGAACCCCCCACCGAUCAGCUGGCGUUGGGUUCGACGGAGGGGACUGAUACUCCUGUCAAGAAUCCACCACUAAAUCUAAUCUCAGCUGCAUCCAGCACAGCCCUGCCCAAUGAGCCUAGCUUUAAGUCGCAGAGUCCAACAGUCAUCCUGGUCAACCACACUGCGGUCUUCACUGAGGAGGGUCAGGUCAUUCAGGGUAACAACACAGACAGUCCACCUGUGGGGCUCCAGCUGGGGAAUACAACUGCACAUGUAGGGCUACUUUCUAACAGCAGCACAGUGGAGGAGUCGCCCGCUCAGGGGAACAGCUCAGAGCCCCCCUCCACCGCCAGUGGGAACUUCCUUAACAGGCAGGUACCAGCAACAACCAACGAUCCCUGGAAUGCUGAAAACAGCUCGGGCCCUGCUGUCAACACCCCAGCAUCCCGCAUGACUAUCUGCUUCAGCAAGAUGGACAUUGUGUGGAUCGUUCUGGCCAUCAGUGUGACUGUGUCCUCCUGCUCUGUGCUGUUGACUGUGUGCUGCAUGAGGAGGAAGAAGAAGUCAUCAAGUCAGGAGAAUAACCUCAGCUACUGGAACAACGCCAUCACCAUGGACUACUUCAGCAGGCAUGCGGUGGAGCUGCCCAGAGAGAUACACACUCUGGAGAGUGAGGAGCAAGACACCUGUCUACCCCCUAAUGGAGACUACAGCGGCAGUAGCGUGAUCCUGGUUAACCCUUUCUGCCAGGAGACCCUCUUCAUCAACAGAGACAAAGCUUCUGCCAUAUAGAGAUAGAUCCCCCUCUUUUACUCCCCUUGCUGUCAUUGUCUAUUUUAUAUAUGUGGUAAAUAUUCAGAGACGUUGACUUUAUACUGUAUAUGAGAAACACAAAGAGCAACCUGACAGAAGAGCGAUGUAAACAGACUCUAUUUACUAUGAGGAUGCACCUGCAUAUUUUUCUGAUGUAGAUUUUCUACAAAUGGCUUAAUUGUGAUAAAGGUUUCUAUUGUCUUUAUAUAAUACAGAAUAUAUAUGUGGUUGCAUUACAGUGGCUUGAUGGUAAGUGAACUGUGGAUGGUGCCACAUGGAAUCUGCUUUAGAGAAGAAUGUGCUAUGAAACACUCAAAGCUAUACUUUUUAUCGGUUUAUUUGACUUUUUUCUUUAAAAUAAAUCCCAAAACACUUAUAGCCUGUUGAACUUGAAUAUAGCACCUACAUAUUUAUGGGGGGGACAGAGGUAUGUGUAAAUAUGGAUAAAAAAUCAGGGCCUGUGUUUAACAAACCUACAGGAAAUGUGCAUAAGAAUGCCCAAAAAAGUCAAGUUUUUGAGGAAAAAGCUGCCAAGAUGCAUAUUUAAUUACCUAGGAGGACCUUCUGAAUGAUUAUUUGAUAUGUUGGAGCAGAAAUUAAAUGAUCAAAGAAACAGAUUCACAGUAAAUCUAUCCCGUUAUUCAGUCUUUGAAUGGUACGAUUCAAAGAUUUACAUUUUAUAUAAUAUUCUAUUAAAAAAGUAUGUUUUUUGGUUUUAAAAUUUUUCCUUUGUCUAAUUAAUUUUGAAUUACUAAGAAAAUAUAAUGUGAAAUGCAUUCUCAAUAAAUUAUUUAAAUACAUGUCAAUACACUGAUUCAAAUUUAGACAUAAAAACAGAUAAUUGAUUUUAAAAGUUGUUUCAUAUUAAAGUAAAUGGUAGUAUAAAUAAGGACUGAAUGAUACAAAAUUAAACAAAAAGAUUUGUACAAAAGAAAGACUGUUGCUUGUAAGCAAUAAAGAAACAAAAAAGAAAUCAUUAAGGUUAAUUUAGCAGCCUUAUUCUUUAACAUGUUAAAUAAAGAUGCCUAAAAAUGUACUCAAAGCAUGUUAUUUCACCCACACAGGAAUGCAGGAAACAAAAAACCUGCUAGAAAUCCAAAUGUACACAUGUAUACAUCUCUCACAAUUGCAAUGAAUUAACUGAGGUCUUGUGCAUUUUUGGUUGUAAGAUUAACAAGUUUGAUAAGUACAGGCCAAGAUUUUAUUGCUCAAUUUGAACAAAAUGUAUGUAAGAGUUGGUCAUGGAAUGAUUCUGGAUAAAACAGCACUGAUUUCAAAGGAUUUACCCCCUCAUGUGUCACCAGCUUCUCUGAAGAGGGACCACAUUGAUGUCUUAAUUUCUUAUGUUGGCCCUUUAUAUAUCUGUGGGUGUGGGUGAGUGUGUGUAUGACUGCUGUCUGUGUAUGGAGGCAUACUCUGUGCACUGAAGUAUGACCAAAUGAGCUGAAAUGUCCCAACCCCCUUAACCAAAUAUAAUUCUUACUUAAGUCAAACAAGACUUUGUAUUACUCUCAGCUCACUUUGAUCUGUUUGUCUGUGUGCGUCUGUUCUUGUGAGUGCCUCUGAAUGUGUGUCUGUCACUUGUCUGUGUCGUGGAGUGGCUACUGGUUGUGCCCCAGUGUGAGAAGGUUUCUCAUCACUGUAGGAAACAAUUGCUACUGUAAGUGUAUCGCUCCAUAAACGUGUUUGUUCACUAAAUGUGCUUAUUGAAGUGUUGAAAGAUUGUGAGUUAGUUGCUUGACCACAUACAAUGUCUUAGACUGUAAUGACCAAUUAAACACUGAGACAAAUGAGAUAUGUGCUGAAUAUUUACUUUUAGCACAUACAGAGGUGGUUUGAUUCAAAAAGACGCGUCUGAAUAUUUUGUUGAAGCUGUGGUCCUUCUUUCAUCUGAUACACUUGGCAUUGCUGUAGUUUUAUUCAAUAAUCAAUGCUGCCUGCCUCUGUUGUUGCUAAAGAUUUUCUAUAUUGUGAGACGUUCUACAAUCACAAAGUCAAAAGGUGAUGUUGAAUGACACAAACAUAAUCAUGUCCCUGCUUUAGAUGCUCACUGCUGGGCUUGUUGUUUUGCACGCUCAAAACAUGGAUAUUUUACAAAAUGUUCACUGGCACGGUGGAGCAGUGUUCAACAUAAUGUAUUUUUUUGUACUGUAGUACAUACACUGUAAUUUUUACUGCUGAGCAAUAAAACAAAGAAAAAAUA